AUGAACCUCGACUACAUGCCCAUUCCCGACACCACCCUGGGCUGCGAUUUCUCCGGCACCAUCGAAGACAUCGGAUCCAACGUCACGAAGAAGUGGUCCAAAGGCGAUCGAGUGUCCGGCUGGGUGCUCCAGAAUAACAUCGUCCAGAAAGACGAAGGGUCCUUCGCUGAGUACGUCGUCGCCAAUGGAGAUAUCUGCAUGCGCAUCCCAGGCGGCAUGAGUGACGAGGAGGCGGCUACUUCGGGAGGUGGUGUUGCUACUGUCGGUAUGGGCCUGUGCCGGAACCUAGGCGUGCCUUUGCCGGGAGAAGGUGAAGGUGGCAAAAGAGAGUCGGUGUUGAUUUAUGGCGGAACGAGCGCUACCGCCACGCUUGCGAUCCAGUUCGCGAAGCUUGCUGGUUACGACGUGAUCACAACCUGCUCCGCUCGCAGCUUCGACCACGUCAAGAGCCUAGGCGCCAGCGAAGCGUUCGACUACAAAGAUGCAGAUUGCGCAGCCAAGAUUCGUCAGUACACUCAAGACAGGCUGACCAAGGUGUUCGACACAAUCGCCAAAGACAGCUCACCACAGAUUUGUGCGGCUGCUGUGUCCAGUAAAGGCGGCGUCGUGUCUUCCACGCUUCCGUACCCGGCAGACUUCGGCCGCAGUGAUAUAGAGGCCAAGAUGACCCUGUCUCUUGCGGUCUUCGGGAAGGAGUAUGGGUACGGCGAGCAGGUGUUCCCUGGCAACCCGCCUGACUUCGAAUAUGGGAAGAAGCUGUAUGCUAUUGCUGAGAAGCUGUUGCACGAGGGCAAGCUGAAGGUGCAUACACCGAAGAUCAGCAAUACUGGUCUUGAGGGGGUGCUGAACGAAGGUCUCGAAAUGAUGAAAGCUGGAAAGGCAGGUGGUGUGAAAUUGGUAUAUAAGCUCUGA